UGCGAAUAAAUUAAAACCAUCAGGAACCAAAGGGCUUGCGGAGGUUAUUGGGGCUUUGCCGCAGUCGGAGUAAUGAGUGACAGACUGUGCAUCUCCUCUGCCGGAGCCAAGAAAUUUACCUUCGCUCCGGAAGAACUGAUAUCUUGAUGCAUCGCUUGCGGUAGCGGAUGCAAAGGUGGGUUCUUGCUUGAACCUUUCAACUAUUGGCAGUACAACGGUAUCCCAUCGGGAGGAGACCUAGGUACUUCAUUAGGUUGCAGACCCUAUACAGCCGCAAGCAGUGGUAAGACACCACAGUGCAACGAGAGUUGCGUGUCAAGUUAUAACAAAACCCGGGAAGAUGACAUUCGCCAUGGUAUCGCACAUUCCAAAGUCACCAACACCGUGGAACAGAUCCAGCACAAGAUUGUAAUCAACGGUCCCGUAAGCGCUCAACAUAGACUGUCAUAUGAAGACUUUUACAGUUACGGAUCAGGUAUCUACCAACACACCAGUGGCAGAUUCGUGGGUGGCCACGCUGUAAAGAUCAUCGGAUGGGGUUGUGAGGACAACAUACCUUACUGGAUAGUCGCCAACUCCUGGGGCACCGGUUUUGAAGAGGGCAGAUUUUUCAGAAUCAUCAGGGGUAACAACAACGUUGGCAUCGAAAGCUACGUAGUUGCCGGUAACCCAAACACCAGCAAAUAAAUAAAAA